AUAAACUUCAUCGAUAUCCUUUUCUAAAGUGCAUUCAACUUGCCUUUUUAUCCCUCGUUUGACAUCCCAGCUAAUUCCCUGUAUUUACUUCUACAUAAUACCUUUCAGACACAAUGGCGAGCCCUGCUGGAAACAUUUCCUUUGAGGACUACCUCGGCCUCUCUGGCUGCAUCUUCGAGUGGGCCGACAGCUACGACUCCAAGGACUGGGACCGUCUCAGGAAAUGCAUUGCCCCUGAGCUUCGCAUUGACUACCGCUCCUUCCUCGACAAGAUCUGGGAGGCCAUGCCCGCGGAGGAGUUCAUCGCCAUGAUCUCGGACAAGUCCGUCCUCGGCAACCCCCUCCUCAAGACCCAGCACUUCAUCGGCGGCACCCGCUGGGAGAAGGUCUCCGAGACCGAGGUCAUCGGACACCACCAGCUCCGCGUACCCCACCAGAAGUACACCGACGCCUCCCGCAAGGAGGUUGCCGUCAAGGGCCACGCUCACAGCUACAACAAGCACUGGUACAAGAAGGUCGAUGGCGUCUGGAAGUUCGCUGGUCUCGCUCCCGAGAUCCGCUGGUCAGAGUACGACUUUGAGGCUGUCUUCGCUGAUGGACGUGAUUCCUUCGGUGCUGAGGAGACUACCGACAAGAAGAACAAUGUCUCUGUUGUCGAGAAGGAGCUCAAGGUUGCCGCUGCUGUUUAAAUAAUGUCAAUGUAAUGAGGGAAUACCUCCGGUCAUGGGAAUGGCGAAUCGGGAUAUGUAACUUACUAUGGGUAAUUGGAUUCAUAAGUUGAGGC